AUGCAGGAGAAACAACCACUUUGGGAGAAACAACUCCUGAGAAGCAACUACAGCCAAGAAACAACUAUUGCAGACAAAACAACUAAUUCAGAAGAAAUUACUAUUGUUAAAGAAACAUAUAAAAAAGAAGAAACAACUUCAGUAGGAGAAACAACAACAGUAGAAAAUACACAUACUGCAGGAGAAAUAACAAAUACAGGAGAUACUACCAUAGUAGGAGAUUCAACUACAGAUGGACUGACAACAAACCCAGGAGAGACAUCUCUUAAUGGAGAAAUAACAACUGUAGUAGAAGCAACUAUAGUAGAAAAAACAACUACCACAGGAGAAGCAGCUAUGACAAGAGAAACAACUACUAAAGGAAAAACAACUACAUCAGUAGAAAUAACAACUGCAAAAGUAAGAACUAUUGUAGGAGAAACUACUACUGCUGAAGACGCAACUACUGCAGCUGAAACAACUACUGGAGCUGAAACAACUACAACAGGAGAAAUUAAUACAAUAGGAGAAAAAACUACUGCAGUAGAAAAAAUUAAUACAGGAUAA